AUGAGCAAACUUCUUCAAAAUUCAAUCAAUACAAAAGAAGAACGCAUCAUCCAUUUGAAUUUGGAAAACAAGGUUCUCAAAGCUAUGAAUCAGCAUUUAAACGAACGGACUGACCAGUUGAAAAACGAAAACACCAAGCAACAUCAAAUAAUUAGCGAUCACAAGCGUUUGGUUCAAGAAAUGAGUGAAAUGCUAACUGUAAAGAAUUCCUACCAAUACCGUUUUGCCGAGCAUACCGCAAAGUUUAAACGAGAGCGCAAUAAAUUGCUUGCCGAAAUUGAGCAACUGAGAAUUCACGCAAAUUCCGAGAAUGCGAAAACUCGUCCCAAGAGUAUGCCCGCCGCACCUGUUGAAGUUAAACAAAACCGACAUAAAUUAGGCUUCGAACCUGUUCCAUCGCCGGCAGGAACCCCGCCAAUUCAAACAAAUUAUUGGGGAUCAGAAUUUAGCGGUUCCCAGUUUUCGAUACAGACCAGACACUCGUCCAGUCCGGUACGGUCUAAAGUCCGACCACACUCUUCCUUUGCGGUUAAGAAGGCAGGCUCCGAACCGAAGAUUUCUCUAGCAGAAAAACAGGUGCCCGAGAUUCAGUCCACCUCCCAAGAAUGGCCAAUGCCGGGUCGGUCGAGCAAGAGUCCGUACAUCGACAAGAUUAAGGUUUUUAUGGCUUUGUGUGCUGUUGCAAGAAACAAAUUAUGAUGAGUAAAGUAGUCUUCUUUGCAGUGUUUGUUUGCUGAAAUGAAGAAAAUCAAGCCGAAUUAGGCGCG